GUGGCUUCGAAAUUAGAACUUGUUCAGAUAUAGUUUUCUUUCUUUAGAAAAAGAAAAGCCUUUGCUUAGAAGGAAGAUUUAGUCUUGUUCUACUGUGACUAAAACAGCUAUCAAACACUGUAUGUUUUUUGUGGAGAUCCAUUAUUUUGGUGGAAGUGUGAACGCUUGUAAUACUUCAUUUUGACACUCAGGAUGGCUAAAUCUGAUAUGGUUUUUGAACUCAACUGAAGCUCGGCUUCAAAGCCUGAAGAUAGAUUGAAUAGAAAAUCCCGUCCUGGCUGCAGGAAAUACAGAGAAUCAUGGCUAAUAUCUCUUUAUUGGUUGUAGAUAAUGCUGUCUUAGAAUUGUCUAUCCUGGCUGCAGGCUUUUGGUACCGCAGUUAAACUAAGCUGGCUGCUUCAGUGCGUGGCUCUCUGCUAACUCUGACGGUUCCCUGUGCCUUUAUUGUUAGCUCAGGAUUGAAACUUCUUGGGAACAGAAGGAAUAUAUAGCUUUUAUGGUGUCUCGUUAGGUACAAUUUAGCUUUCUUCAAAGACAAGGCUUAAAAGUGAGCAUGCACAGUAUCAACUUCUUCUCCAAUCCAUUAGUUGCCUGUAAGUGCAGUGCAAUAUGAUUUUGUGUGUUUUUCUGCCUGCCUUCAGGUGGCCCCUACUGAGCUGAGCCGCUAAGUGGGCACUGGUGUUUAUACGGUGCAUGAAUGUUUAUGACCUCUCAGGAAAAUGCUUAGCCAACUGUUUUUGUCUUUUAUAUGUUAAACUUUACUUUAAAUUCAUGCAGUAAUUGCUUUUAAACCAGGCACAAACAGCAGCAAUGCGAUUUGCAUGCAAAUUGCACACAACGGUGUGGAGACCUCCUACACUGCAGCAGAGCUACACAAUGCAUGAAGUGUUCAAGGAAAACUAGACGUAUUUGUUGGUAAUUCAUAUGAAUGUCAUAUGAGCACUUUGUUGUUGGAGUCUAGUUUACACUUGUCAGCCGUAAAGAUAUUAAAAUGUAUGCUAUGUGAGGUAUAAUACCACAGUACUCACUACAGAUGUCUGUACUUUUUCAUUUCUUGUCCUUAGUUUCCUGGAUAAGCAGUGACUAAAACAGUGAUUUUCCUUACCAUUGUUAGAAAGUCCUUCUGUGAUGAGUCCAAUACCAUUCUUGCUGCUUUCGUGCAAUAGCUCAUGCAGAUGAUGCUUUUCAUGAGCUAUUGACAUCAGUUCAUUUCUUUCAAAGAAAAGUCCCAGGUGCUGUGCACUUGAAAUUAGCAUUGAUUUCUGAUUGUGCAGUUUUCAAUUAUCUUGUUAUUUUCUCUUACUAAAUUUUGCAUUUGUAUUGCUUGCUUUUCUCUCUUUUUUUCAGGCAGGAAGAUUGGAUGUUUCUCAUACAAGACCUUGAGCUACAUCUCAAGUCCUACACAUUUAGGAUCUUGUGAAUUGGCAGAGGAGCACAGAGCGUUGGGCUAAGUAUUUCCUGCAGACUCCUUUCUCAUCUGUGCUUGGAAGUGGCACAGCUUGCUCAAAAACAAUAGCCAUAGGUUAGGGCUGUAGAAAGCUGGGAUCUGUAUGUUUUAGCCCAAGCAGAGCAGAGUAGUUAAGUUUGUGCUUCAUUUCCUCAUUGGUUUCUUUGUGAUUUCAUCUCUUAGCCCUUGGGCUGGAGUAAAAAGCAGUGCAGCGGUGAUGAUAGUGGCCCCAUAUUACCGCUAUCAUGGGGACCUGCGGUACAGGAACAGCUUGAGUUGUUAACAUGUAGCUAACAGCUUCUGGUUUAAUUGCACUGCCUAGCCCACUGAGAUGAUGUAUCAAGCUUACUUAGCCUUGGACUCCUCAGUUCAAAAUGUUGCUGCUUUCUGUGCCUGUUUGUCUUCUGGGCUCUUCAUAGUUUGCAAGAGGCCAGCAGUUUGUUUAUUCUACGAAGUCUAUCAGGUGUUCAGAUUCCACAGCAGUAAGCAGAAUAGAAACAUGAAAAAUUAAUGUAGUUUUUGAUUGAAAACGUGCCUCGUUGCUUGCAUCUUCCUCAUUGGUAGUUUAUCUUGCUUCAGAUAUUAAUAAGUAGGUUGACCGGUCUGCAUAAAUUUACUGUUGUGCGUGCAGGUCAGAUUUGGAGGUGGUUGUUGCUGGUUACAUACAAGGCCAGUUCCAGAUGUACACAAAACCAGAUUUGCCUUGGUGGCCCCAGUGGCAGCUUAAACCACGAAGCCGUGCUUCAGACAUGGUGUGUGUCCAGUUUUUCCCUUAGAGAACCUUGGUGUCAGAGUGAAAGUGGCAUAUUGAAACGCUUCUAACACAGAAAAAUCUAGGAACUCUGGUGGUCGUCUGGUCUGAUCUCCUGCUCAAAGCAUGUUCAAUUAAAUCAGGUAUAUAUUUAUUUAGGUGCGAGAUGUCUGCCCUGAGGUUGAUUUCUAACAGAACCUCCCAGCAGGCCUUGUCUAACUCUGAUUACACCUGGGAAUAUGAGUACUACGAGUAUGGACCGGUGUCAUUUGAAGGCCUGAAGGCUCAUAAAUAUUCCAUUGUGAUUGGAUUUUGGGUUGGUCUCGCAGUUUUUGUCAUCUUCAUGUUCUUUGUCCUGACCCUGCUGACAAAGACAGGAGCACCACAUCAAGAAAAUACAGAAUCUUCUGAAAAAAGGUUUCGGAUGAAUAGCUUCGUGGCAGAUUUUGGAAGACCUUUGGAGUCAGAAAGGGUCUUUUCUCGUCAAAUAGCUGAAGAGUCUCGGUCGCUUUUCCAUUUCUGCAUUAACGAAGUGGAACACCUCGACAAAGCGCAACAGAAUCAGAAAGGUCCAGAUCUGGAGAGUAAUAUCCAUUUCCAGGAAGUUUCCAGGAGCAGUGGAACGUUAGAGGAGGACCUAAAUUGUCUUGCCAAAUUUAACAUUCCUAACUUCGUGAACACUGAGCAGAAUCCUUCGCUAGGUGAGGACGAUCUGCUCAUCUCAGAGCCAUCCAGAGUUUUAGAAAGCAAAAUGGCCACGCAAUCUUCUCAUCGGAUCCUUGACUGAAAAUUCCUGAAGGUAAAAAUUCCAUGUUUUAUUCAGUUGGAAGCCCUUCUCCACCUUCAGGCUAUUUUGAUAGAAGGCAUUUCAGGCAUGUGCUUUUUUUUUUAUGGUAUGUAAGAAUGGCUGUGCUGACAGGACAGUCCAUGCGAUAAUUAAAACACUAAAUGCUUAAUUCCAA